AUGAUUGAAUUAACGUGUGUAAUGGGCGCUUCAUCUGCUAUGGUAUUCAGCGCCUUGGGAGCUGCAUAUGGCACAGCAAAGAGUGGAACUGGUAUUGCUGCUAUGUCUGUUAUGAGGCCUGAACUCAUCAUGAAAUCCAUCAUUCCUGUUGUCAUGGCGGGUAUUAUUGCCAUUUAUGGCUUGGUGGUUGCAGUGCUUAUUGUCAAUUCUCUAACUCCUACUAUUUCACUGUUCAGGAGCUUCCUACAGUUGGGUGCUGGAUUGAGUGUGGGCCUCAGUGGCCUUGCAGCAGGAAUUGUAGGCGAUGCAGGUGUGAGAGGGAUGUAUGUAGGUGUUUAA